AUGGCACCAGUCCAGGGCAAACGCGUCAAGGGCGUCCAGGUCUUUCGUCCCUUCAUCUACGGCACGACUGCGCGCCCGUUCAACGACACCGACAACCCCAAGCCCCCAGGAGUGCCUAUCGACCACACGCACUCCUGGCAGGUCUUCGUCAAGGGCGUCGACGACACCGACGUCUUCUACUGGCUUCGCCGCGUCCAGUUCAAGCUCCACGAGUCCAUCCCCAACCACCUUCGCACCAUCGAUGCCGAGACAAUCAUGCGAGACAACGAGUCGAAACCGCCCUCGAAGCGGCAGAAGGGCUUCGUCGUCAACGAGACGGGCUGGGGCGAGUUCGAAAUCACCAUCAAGCUCUACUACGACAGCAAGAGUGGCGAGAAGCCCCAGACCCUCUACCACCAUCUCAGGCUCCACCCGUAUGGCCGCACCGAGGCUGAGAAGGAGGCCAUGCGCAAUGGCGGUGAGAUCGUCGCGUGGGUCUAUGAGGAGCAGCUGUUCAACGAACCUUUCGAGGAGUUCUUCAAGGCCCUGACCUCGGGCGUGCACGACAAGGGCUCCGCGCCCGCAGCGACCGGAGGCAAAGGCAAAGGCAAGGGCAAAUCCGUGGCGCCCCCGCCCACCCUGACCCAGGACGGCGAGGUCAAGGAGCGGAGCGCCAUGAUUCCAGCGACAACCCGCCCAGGACAGCCGUUCAGCAAGGAGACCGAGGCCCUUGAGAUUAAGCGCAUUAAGGAAGCCGAGGACAAGGUGCACCAGAUGAUCUCCGAGGCCAACAGAGCCGUCAAGGCCAAGGAGGCCGAGCUGAUGAGGCUCAAGGCGGAGAAUGCAGGCGUCGCAGCCUCGGGAGCAUAG